GGAUGCAUGCAUGCCUACUUCUGGAAGAUGUAGUAUAUGUGUUAGAACAGUGUAUAUAUUCUCAUUCCUUCUCCAAGGAAAUCAUUGCGCCUUCCUGCUGUUCUUGUCAGUAUAGCUCUGGAAAGUAGGUUAACCUGAAAGUUGUGGGGACAGGCAGGGGGAGUCUGUUGCAACGUCAUCCUUUCCCUCUUCCAUUUUCAUGAUAGAAAGGAAUUUGAGUGUGGACUUCCUGGUUCAAAUCAAGUGCACCCUCUGCUGCUAUAUUGACGUCUCCCUCUUUUCUCUUCCAUGAAGGGAUGCUGACCAGUCCGUUCAUGAAGAAGAUGAACACGCCUACAUCCCCAGAGGAUGCCAAUAUGGCUGUUAUAGGAGCUGUUAUCGCCGUGGUUUUUCUCACUCUCCUUUCCGUCGUUGUGAUAAUCGUUAUUUACCUGUACAAAAAUAAGGGCAACUAUCACACUUAUGAACAACCUGAAGCAGAUCCAGAGGGAUCAGUCCAAAUGGAAGACUUCCCCUAUAAACGUGAAAAAGAAGAGUACUUCAUAUAGAAGAUUCCGGACUGCUGCCAUGUUCUAGACUGUCCUAACUUAAAUAAACAAAGGUUUUAUGUU